AUGUUCUUGACGGCUCUGCACGUCUUGAUUCCUAUGUGUCUUUGCAUUGCCAUGGCCAACAGUGGCAUGUUUGAGAAAGUUUUGGUAGAUUUAACGUACGACCACUACGCGGAGAGGAAAGUUGACGACCUUCCUGUUUUCUUGGCUAUGCCUUUUAAUUGCCUGAUUAAUUUGGGCUACACCAUUAUGGGCUUGUACUGGCUGCUUCAACGAACAUACAUAACAGAUCCGAGUCCAGCUAGGUACAUGAAAGAUGUGUUCGCAUUCAUGGCAAUAGCGUAUGGACCUGUGCAAUGGAUCCGCCUCGCCUCUUUGAGCCGUGCGGCUGCCGUUUUGGAUCAGUGGUUCACGCUACCCAUUUUCGCGUGGGUACCCAUUUGGUGUCAUUUCAUUAUAAACGGUUGGCGACCGCAUUACGCACUAACAGUAGAAGUGCUUUCCAUUCUCAGUUACACGCUGUCACUGAUUCAUGACCAAGGAUUCGAGAUUGCGCUGGGGGGUCACGUGCUCUUUGCAGUACUCAGCGGUGUCAGCGUCCAGCGGAGCUACGGAGAUUCCGUCUCCUUGCGGUACCUGGGUCUUGCCAUGUUGUCGUGUUGCGGUUUUGUGGUUCUGAAGCUUUUAGAUCACACUCUUGCGACAUAUUGGAUGUUUCAGAAUCUUACUGGACAUUUUUGGUCCAAAGUGUGUGAUAUUCUACAGUUCCACUACAGUUUCUGUUUCCUCACGCACCUCACAGAAAACGCCCAGAAACGGGUAUCAUAAAACGUUGAUUAAUAAUCGCGAAAUGUGAAUAAACACUGGAUUACUCUUGCCAAAGUGAAUUUAAAAGGGACCACAUUGCCUCAUCUCCACACCGAACAAUUGUUACAACUUUGAGAAAACAGUUAUUCGUGAAUAACACAUUCAGAUAUCUUCAACAACCUCAGGGGGCUUGGUGAUCCUCCCUCUUGACUCAAGAUGGACUGGACUUACAUAAAAAAAGAAAAAAAAGGAAUAACGAAACCCUGCCUUUUUUCGAAGGAUUUAC